UUAAAAAAAAAAGCUGCUGAGGAUUCAACUCAGUUUAAAAAAAAAAAACCAAAAAACUAAUAUACGUUCAUAGGACAUUUGAUCUCCUGUGUGUAGUUGGGCGGAUUAAGCUUUCAUGGAGUCCCCUUGAUGUUUAUACAUGCAGUUCUAAUCAUUCUUUGACACUAGUUUCUUGGGGCUGUUUUCUGCAGCAAUACCCAAAUAGAACAGAAGGCAAAAAUAAUAAAAGCCAGCAUUUAUGGAGCACUUAGUGUGCUGGUUAGUGGUGAUUAGUUCAUUUAAUACUUACUUCAAAUGGUAGGGGCUAUUUAAUCCCUUUCUGAUAAGAUCACAUGGCCUCCUCUAAAAUCCAGGUAGUUAAUUUAUAAUUGAAAUCUUGCAACACAGCUUGAACUUAACUUGGGAAAUGCUUGUAUUUCAACAAAAUUAUUUAUUUUAUCUUUUUCCUUUUCCUGUCACCCAAAUACCCCUAACCAUGCUUAUACAGCAGUGUGGGAUUGGAACCCAGGCAAUCUGGGAGCUCCAGCCCCCUGCUGCUUAAUGAACAUCCUUUAUCUCAAGGCACAUGGAAAGGAGACUCCAGAAAGGAAAAGCAGAUGGCAUUUGAUAAAAUCAGUGUUGCUACAAAAUUGCAUACCAGUAAUAAUGAAUUGAGCUAGAAAUGAAAAUUUUAUUCUGGAAACCUCUUAGUGGUGUUUAAAAAAGAAAAAAAAAUCUGCAUACCAAUAGAGACUGCAUUUACAGAAUGCUAGUCCUGUAACAUUACUCAACAUUCUCCCUCCAAAACUCAUUUUCACCUUGAUAAUGAAUUGCCCCUGAAAAUCAAGAUAGACUGUCAUGCAUAUACAUUUUUCUUUUGAAAGUGUUUUGGCAUUUUCCUACCUGACAGCUAGUAAAACAGAUGAUUGAUUGGAUACUUUUACUAUGUCUAAGACUGAUUCUUAUUAUGGGUGGGGUUAUAAUGAAAAUAAGGGCAUUUCCUGAGGAGUAACAAGCCCAUAGGAGGAGUCUUUAUCCUCUAAAUUAGAAAAGCCUAGCACUCAUUGGUGCCCAGGAAGUGCCCUAGACUGGCAUUGUCUUGUUGUUCUAAUCUGAAAAUGACAGCAUAGAACACAGCCGAAGGCAUGAAGCAUUUUAUUAUGGGUGAUGCAGCUUUAAUUGGUAUGUGGAAGGCAUGCUUGUGGAAUUAGUCCUCAGAAUACUGGCCAACCAGAUCACUUUCAACAUUUCCCAGUGUUUAGUUUCGUCUUAUAAUUAAGGAACAACGAGCAUUUCCUGACAGCUAAUAACUAGCUAAAGGAGUUAGAAGCCUCAUUAGGUUUAUAAUUUAUCAAAUUCUAAGCUCUUCAUUUGAAGUGUUGCAAAAAGAGAAAGCAUCCUCCAAUUCCAAACUGAUUAAAGACAAUCUCUCCAAGCAUAUUUCAUAUGUGAGUGUUAAUUUGUUCAUCAAAGGCUGACUUUGUUAUUUUCCAAGUUUUUUUGAAAUAACAAUUAUUACAUAAGCAGGAAAAAAUGUUUAUGUGGCUUUAAUAGAGAUAUAUUGAACUGUGUACACACACACACACACACACACACACACACACACGUGUGCCUACUAAAACAAAAGUAAAAUCAAUAGGCCAUGUAUCCUUUAAGGCUCUUUUUGUGACAAUUCCACAUGCUUUCCUGAGAGCAUGCUUGACUAUCCAUUAAUUCCAGAAAUAGCAUCGUUACAUGUACUCCACAAAUAUUGAUUGAGCACCUACUUUGUGCUAGGCACUAUUCUAAAUGUUGAGGAUACAGCAAGGAGACAAAAACUCCUGUCCUUACUGGGCUUGGAACCCAAUCUUAAUAAUUUCUGUCUUCAAGAUUACCCAGAAGAUUAUGUAGGCCUGGAAGACCACACAUUAAAUGUCUUCAAAGCGGUCCAGCUAAAGGUAGGAAAGGGUCCUUGCUGGAUCAUCUUGGCCACCAUACCUCUGACUGUCUUCUCAUCAAUAUGGCAUUGCGUAGUGGCCUCAGGUUUUUCUGGUUCAAAAAUCACUCCCUGAUCAACCAUACUCUUGAGAUCAUAAUCGUCCUGCUAGUGGGAAAAAAUACAAUCUUUUCUCUUAUGGGACCUAGUGCUUUCCUCUUCAUUUUGGAACCUGACAUGAGCUGGUCACAAAAUGACUUCUAAUCCCUUGAUGAAAACAUUCAUUUCUACAGUUUGAUGUGGGGACAGUCAGACCUAUAAUUUAGGCUCUGGAAUUCUAGAAAUAUGGAGCUCAAGUUACCACGAUUCUUCUAAGUGAGUUCCAUCCUGCCCAGACCACAUCGAAAAGACCUCUAGAGAAAUGGAACAGUAUCUUUCUAAUGGUACUUACUCUGAGACUUCCAUCAGAGUUCCUGUUGGGAAUCCCUCAAAUAUCUUUCCCUUCCAUAUUCUAAUGCAUCCUUGGGGCACAGUAACCCUAGGUGCUCAAAGAAACUCCAUUAUAUCUUCUGCCAUAGGAGCAACUCAAGACAUGAGAUCUUCUGGGAUCUUCAGCAUUGGCCAAAAUGCAAAGCAGAACCCCAGGAAGGCUUCUGGCAUUUGGUUAGUGUUAACACACCAGUCCUGGAUUUCAGCAUCAGAGAUGUCCAUCAUUGUCCUGCAUAGAAUAUGUGGACAUUGGCCCUGGCACCUUACAUGAAAAUUACCCUUCUGGUGUUCCAACAGCUUCUCUUGGUUCUAGACUAUCUGAAACUAAGAGUUGGGACUACCCAGUUCUCAUGUUGCUAAAUCCAAUUCUUCAAUAUGUGUUCCUGGGAACUCUUCUUGCCCUGAGUAUAUUUAAUAAACAGGCAGAAUGAGUGGUUGAUGCCCCCUUUAUUUUAUUUGAAGAUUGUUUUUUCUGAAUUUCUAUAGAAAUUCAGAAAUUUCAACAUGUUCUUCAUUACUUUAAGUGCCAUGGGAUAAAUAUUUGAAGGAAUGGGGUGCCUGGCUAGCUUAGUUGGUAGAGCAUGAGAUUCUUGAUCUCAGGGUUAUAAGUUCAAGCCCCAUGUUGGGUAUAUAAAUUACUUAAUAAUAAAACCUUAAAAAAUUUUUUUGAAGGAACAUUCAGCUAUUUUAAAUCAUUCGGCAGACUUAACAGUGCAGAAACAAACAUACAUCUCUACUCAUUCGACAGAUACUCCAAUCAUUAGGAACCCAAGGGAAACAAGUUGGUAAUUAAUGGACAUGCUAUGUGACUAUUCUCACAUAAAGUAUAGGGACUCAGAAGCAGGCUUUCACUUCAUCCCUGAAAUUACUACUGAUUUAAAGUCACUUUUCCUAAUGUGCCUGGCAAUCCCGUUUGCCUAUAAUUUCUGAAGAGUUACAGUCUUUGAAUUCAGUUCUGAAUGGGAGGAAAGAUAGUUCUAUGCAAUAUACACAUUUAUUUAAGUAAUUAGAAGUUUUCACAAGAAAGAAAAUUUUACAGUGCUUUUCUGAAUGGGCAUACUCUGUCAUGGAAAGAUGGGCCUGGAGGGGUGAACCAAAACACCGUGGAUGCCAUAGGGAGGGGCUCUCUAUUUCACAUUGUUUUUCUAGGUCUAGUGAAAACAUAAGGAUCGAAGGCUGGGCCUCACCCUGGUGAUAUAAUCAGGAAUGGAAGUUUGGUAGCAAAUAAUGAGGACAACAGAAGAACCAUUAUGUUUAGAGAAGGAAAGUUCUCAAAAAAAAAGAGAGAGAGAGAGAGAGAGAGAGAGAGAGAGAGAGAGAGAGACUACUCCAAAUAAUUCAGGCUCCUUUUCUCUUUUUCUUGUGUGAAAUGGAAUGUUUCCAUUCUCUGUUUAGCCUUUACAGGUGGUGAUAUCAUUUUGAGAAGAUACGCUUAGGGGCUUUAGAAGCCAAAGACAACCUCAGAGUCACUGGCUUCUCUGGGCAAUGGGAAUCUCGCCACAGGAGAAACAAAGUAUGAAAGUAGAAAAUUCUACCCUGAAUGACAAAUCUAUAUGUUCUAAGGAUGAAUCCAAACUUCAGAAGCUGUGGGACUGUCCUCAGUCAGAAGUGAAACUCUUUCAAUUGCUUGCAUUGGGGAAACACCCUUGUCUCUAGGUUUGGGGAUCAUGAGUCAAAGCCAAGGACUGGAACCUCGCUAAGUCUGUGUGUGUUGGGCCUUGAAAGGGAGUGUGCUAGGUUCUGGGAUUGGCGCCUCUUCUGUAAUGCUUUUCCCCUCCCAGGCCUCCAGGUCAGGUCUGGCAGGAUUUAAUGACUCUGAAUCUCUGCAAUGAGUGGCAUCUGGAUAGCCCAGGGGGACUGGCAACAGCACAAAAUUGGCACAGGGGUUGGAGAGCAGGUGGAGGGAUAGAGAGCUGGAUGCCUAAAAGGUGGUCUUUUGGGGGAGGUCAAAAAAAUCUUUUGCCAAGCCUGUUAGGUGAGUCACCAGGAGAACUGAAUCUCAACUGUUGUCCAUUCUAAAUUUUUUUUCAAAAAUAGCACUGAAUGUAUAGAAACUUCUGAAAUGAAUUGUCUGAUACUGUAUACUUCUAUUUACCCCUAAAAAGAGAAAGUUACAUGGUUGGUUGAUAGGUUGUUAGUUAUUUUCAAUGCAUGGACUGUCUUUAAACUCCAGUUAUUAGUGUUAAACAAAUCAAAAAUAUUUUUAGUCAAAAAAUAUUUUUAGUCAAAUUUGUCUAGGAUGCAGUGGGACCCGGCCAAGUGGGUUCAACACCUUAAAGAACAUGAAUCAUCCAUGAAGAUCAUCCCUUCUCAUUUUCUUUUGAGUCAUCAUCUGCACAGCUUUAAAAUUACCUUCAGGGAUAAGGCAACAUAGCUGACUUUUUUUAAAGCAAAUUUAGAAAGACAGAAAUCUUUCAUGUCUGUUUCCCCUGAAGUAUGGCCUUAGAGAAGGAGUCCUCCGGGGAUCAUAUCCAGAGAGAUGGCGUGUUCGCCACCUCUGAAGACUCUAAAGCUUUUGUCAAACCUCAAAGUGACCUAAGCUCUUCAGGAGGGAGGGAUAUUUUAGGUCAUGAAUAACAUAGACAAACCCAGAACUCUCAUGGAUCUAUAAGCUCUUGCCUCUGUAGAAACCAGAGUGGGCUUUGGGGAGGGAGGAGUCAUCAUCCCGCACACACAUUUGUAAGGCAGUCCCCUGGAAGCAGCCAGAAGCCAGAUCUUUGAGAGGUCUCAGAACCUACCUUAAUUUGGGUUUCAAAGAACUGCUAACACCUUUGGCUAGCAACCCUAAGCAGGCUUGGUUCUGGUUACAGAGAGACCUAAACAACCCCAGAAAGUAGCUACUUACUGAGUCCCUAAUAAAUCCAAAUGGAACUCCAAAAUCCCUGCUAUUGAGGGAUGUGCAUUUCGUUGAAGUGCCCCUGGUAUCACAAGGCCCCCCUUGAAAUGAGUGUUUUCUCUGAGGAGUGUUUGGGUUCUCUUGUUUGUUUUCUGCUGUUGGCCCUUUCUGCCAUGUCCAGCUCUCUUCCUUUUCAUGGGCACAGCAGAGCCUAUUACUGCAAAUUGGUGAUGAGGCAAGGUGGCUGGGAGGUGCUCCCACAUGGGGGAGUUCUUUUGUUUUUAUAACCGGUGCCAGCUCUGAGUAGAUGGUGAGUAAGAGCCUCUUCCUCUUCCCUCUGGGCUGCCCUCGUCUCCCAUGCCAAUCUUGUUGCUGGCCUGUUUCGGAUAUGGUGCUAAGCAAGGGCGGCUGCCUGGCUCUGAUGCUCCCCAGGCUCAGAACUCAAAACUCGAGAAGGCAGCAAAAUCCAGAUGCGUGUGCAGACCCAGGCCCUGCAGGUACCGGUACCUCUGACUCCCUCAGCCCAGAGCCCCUCACCUCGGACCCCCAGCACAGGAAAGCAGCAUGGUCAGGAGGAGUUAAGCUUCGGCCGAAGCACAGGCGCAGCGACCCUGCAGGCCGACCUCACUCUUGGCAUUUAACCAAAUUGGGGGAGAACCAACCAGAGGGCAGCAUGAUGCAAAUCACUCCGGGCACGAUCGGCAGUCCUUGGCCCCAGAGAUACCAUUCCAGCUCCUCUACCAGUGACCUCUCCAGCUAUGACCACGCAUACCUGAGGCGAAGCCCUGACCACUGCAGCUCCCAGGGGAGCAUGGAGAGCCUGGAGCCCAGUGGGGGAUACCCACCCUGCCAUCUUCUCUCCCCUGCCAAGUCCACCAGCAGCAUUGACCAGCUUAGCCACCUCCACAACAAGAGAGACUCGGCGUACAGCUCCUUCUCCACCAGCUCUAGCAUCCUAGAGUAUCCGCCCCCCGGCAUCUCUAGCCGGGAGCGUUCAGGCUCCGUGGACACCACUUCUGCCCGGGGCGGCCUCCUAGAAGGGAUGAGGCAGGCAGACAUUCGCUAUGUCAAGACAGUCUAUGAUCCCCGGAGGGGAGUCUCAGCAGAGUAUGAGGUGAACUCUUCAGCCCUGCUUCUCCAAGGGAGGGAGGCCCGAGCAUCAGCAGAUGGCCAGGGCUAUGAUAAAUGGCACAGUGUUCCUCGGGGCAAGGGGGCGCCCCCCCCAUCCUGGAGCCAGCAAUGUCCCGGUUCCUCGGAGACGGCCACUUCCAACCUGGCUCCUAAAGCGGCCGCACCGCUGCCCCCAGCUCGGAGCGACAGUUAUGCAGCCUUUCGGCAGCGAGAACGGCCCAACUCUUGGUCUAGCCUUGAUCAGAAGCGGUUCUGUCGGCCUCAGGCAAACGUCGCAGCCUCCCUGAAAUCUCCCUUCAUAGAGGAACAGCUGCAUACUGUGCUAGAGAAGAGUCCAGAGAACAGCCCCCCAGCGAAGCCCAAGCAUAAUUAUCCCCAGAAGGCCCAGCCCGGCCAACCUCUACUGCCAACUGGCAUCUACCCGGUACCUUCUCUGGAGCCACACUUUGCCCAGGUGCCCCAGCCUUCUGUGAGUGGUAACGGCACGCUCUACCCAGCACUGGCCAAGGAGAGUGGGUAUACAGCUCCCCACGGAGCUUGUGACAAAAUGGCUACCUUUGACGAGAAUGGGAACCAAAAUGGAUCUAGCAGGCCUGGGUUCGCCUUCUACCAGCCUCUAGAACCUGAUUCAAUGUCCCUGGUAGAGAGGAAACCUGAAACUUCAGCCAAAUGUGUCCCCUACAGAGUCCAUUUCCCUUCAGUACCUGAAAAUGAGGAGGAUACCUCACUGGGGAGACAGCUCGCCCCUCUCCACGGCAGCAGCCCACAUCCCAAUGAGAGAAAGAGCACCCACAGCAACAAACCAUAUUCUAAUCACCACAGCCUCAAAGUGGGUGAAGACAAGAGAUCUUCCAGGCCCUCAGAGCCCUGGGAGGGUGAUUUACACGCAGACCACAAUGCCAACCUGCAGCACAGGCUGGAGAGGGAGAGCCUCCAGAGCCCGCCGAACAACUUUGGCAGGACCAAGUCAGCCUUCUCCUCUCUCCAGAACAUUCCUGAGAAUCUAAGAAGGCAGGGCAGCGUGGAGCCAGGAAGAGGAGCCCAGGACGGCUACCAGGAUGGCAGGUCCACCUGUGUAGUCAACAGCAAGGGGGAGGACUCUGGCAGGAAAGCUGUUCCCGACCACAGGAGCCACCUGGACAGGCCAGUUUCCUAUCCAAGGCCCGAGGCGAGAACCAGUGCCUUGGCCUCUUUCCCAAGUUCAGACCCAAGGUACGAGGACCCUCCCUCUCCACCCCACCAGCAGACAUCCAGUCUGGGCCGGAGGCGGCUCAGCUCCAGCAGCGCCUCGGCUCUGCAAGGCUUUCAGUAUGGGAAGCCUCACUGCUCCGUGCUGGAGAAGGUUUCCAAGAUAGAGCAGCGAGAACAAGGGAGCCAGAGACCCCUAAGUGUGGGCAGCUCUCAUUAUGGCCAUAACUACAGGCCCAACAGGACGGUUCCAAAUUCUCAUCCUUUUGGGAAGGACUUUGAGGAGACAAAAGGCAAUAUCCGUUUUUCCGACCCCACUGAACCCAUAGGCAAUGGGGAGCAGCAGCACUUCAAAAAGGAGGAGCCAAAGCUGGAAGAGGUUACCCGGCAGCCACACGGUCAGCAGUUGAGGAGGGGUGCGGAGGGCGGCCGUGGCCCCCAGCUCCAAGGCAGCGAGCCCCCGAGGCGGGACACGCACCUGCUCCGCAGCCAGAGCACCUUUCAGCUCUUCGGCGAGACGGAGCAGGAGCCCGUGUGGCUGGACGACAGGCCCAGCACGCCCGAGUCACCGGUGCUGGACGCCCCCUUCAGCCGUGCCUACCGGAACAGCAUCAAGGACGCGCAGUCCCGCGUCCUGGGGGCCACCUCCUUUCGACGCCGGGACCUCGAGCCGGGGACACCCGCGGCUUCGAGAGCCUGGCGUCCAAGGCCCGCCUCGGCCCACGUGGGGCUGCGGAGCCCGGAGGCGGCGGCUUCCGCCUCCCCACACACCCCUCGUGAGCGGCACAGCGUGACCCCGGCCGAGGGCGACCCUGCCCGACCCGCGCUCCCUGCCACCCGAAGGGGGCCGCGCCGUCGCCUGACCCCCGAGCAGAAGAAGCGCUCCUAUUCGGAGCCCGAGAAGAUGAACGAGGUGGGGAUCUCGGAGGAGGCCGAGCCGGCGCCCUCUAGCGCGCAGAAGAAGGGGCUGCGUUUCGCUGAGAGCACGGUGGCAGACCGGCGCCGCAUCUUCGAGCGCGACGGCAAGGCCUGCUCGACGCUCAGCCUGUCGGGCCCCGAGCUGAAGCAGUUCCAGCAGAGCGCCCUGGCCGACUACAUCCAGCGCAAGACCGGCAAGCGGCCCUCCUCUGCCGCCUGCAGCCUCCAGGAGCCCGGGCCACCGCGGGAGCGCUCCCAGAGCACCUACCUACAGCCCGGCCCCGCGGCCUCCGAGGGCCCCGGCCUCACCUCGGCCUCCAGCCUCUGCUCGCUGCGGGAACCGAGCCUGCAGCUCCGCAGGGAGGCUGCCCUCCUGCCCGCCGCAGCAGCGGGGGACGUGGGGGAGUCCCCACGGGCCCCCAGAGAUCGCAGCAGCUCCUUCGCUGGUGGCCAUGUCUUUGGGGAACUGCGACGUGGGGACCAAGCCCCGAGGGAGCUGCUCGCUGGAGCUAACUAUGGGCCGAAGGGCACCCAGAGGGUGGACAGGAUCCCUGGGGAGCCCUCCUCGUGGGGGGCCGCAGCCAGGAGGGCUGGGAAGUCCAUGUCUGCUGAGGACCUGCUGGAGCGCUCAGACGUCCUGGCGGUUCCUGUCCAUGUGAGAUCACGGUCCUCUCCCACUGCAGACAAGCGUCAGGAUGUGGUUUUGGGGGAAAACAACAGCUUUGGCCCUGUGAAGGAUCCGUGUUAUUUGGCUGGCCCUGGGUCCAGGUCCGUCAGUUGUUCAGAAAGAGGCCACGAAGACAUGCUGUUGCUCAAACACCAUCCUAGCCUUCAUUGGGGUGGUUCAGGCUGCAAAGCAGUUGGUGAUUCCUCUGUACCCAGCGAAUGUCCUGGACCCCUGGACCAUCAGAGGCAGGCCAGCAGAACAACACCUUGCCCCAGGCUGUUGCCCACAGGAAUGCAAGGGCAUCUCACAGACACUAGGGCUGCAUCCCUGACCCCGCUCAGCUCAGCUCUGCCUUCCCCCGUUCCCUCCAGCUCCCAGGCUGCGACCGAUCAGCUGACUGGAAGGGACUGUCAGACAGGGCAACAGCCACUUCCUCCAUACACCCCAGCAGUGACCCACAGAAGCAAUGGUCACAGCCUGGUCCAGCCUGCCAGUCCAAGAGGCCACGAGCCCAACAGCCCGGAGCAUGGGCUAGAAGAGGCAACAAGGAAGCGGGUCUCGUUGCUUCAGCGGCCUGCCCCACCUCGGGUGAAGUGGGCCCACACGGUCAGAGAGGACAGCCUCCCUGAAGAAUCCUCGUCACCUGAUUUUGGAGACCUGAAGCACUACAAAACACAGCAGACUCCUCCAAGCUCAGGCAGCACUCUAGACUCGCCUCUUGGGGCCCCAAGCACUCCAGGGAGGAUCUCCCUCCGAAUAUCUGAGUCGGUCCUGCUGGCCUCCCCACCACCUCGGGAAGAUGAUGAUGAUGAGGUGUUUGUGAAGGACUUGUACCCCAACGCCACUUCCAGCCCCACAUUUGAACUUCCCCCACCCCCACCGCCUCCGCUGAGCCAGGACACCCCAGUGAAUAGCUUGGAUGACUUUCCUCCACCUCCUCCCCACGCUCUGUAUGAGGCCGAGCUGGACAGUGAGGAUCACAAGGAGCCCUGUACCAGCAGCUCCAGCAAAUUUGCCAAGGUGACAGUUGCCAAGGAAAGGCCCAUGCCUGGUACAGUCCAUUUGGUUGGCAGUCAGAUACCAGCUUCCAGAUCGCAAACUUCUAUCAAGGGUUCAGAAGCCAACGAGACCAACCCACCCUCCACCAUGGGCGCUCUGCCCCAACUUGCUGGGGCUCUUGGCAAGCAGCCAGGCCCCGGGCAGCCAUCUCCCAUCCACAACCCAGUCAGUGGGACUCAGAGUUUAGAAAAGAAUGUUAGUUCUGGUCCUCAGAAGACCUCAGAAGACAUCAGAACAGAGGUUCUGGCAAAGGAAAUUGUCCACCAAGACAAAUCUCUGGCAGACAUUUUGGAUCCAGACUCCAGAAUGAAGACAACUAUGGACCUGAUGGAAGGUUUGUUUCCCCGAGAUGUAAACUUGUUGAAGGAGAACAGCAUAAAGAGAAAGGCCAUGCAAAGAACUGUCAACUGUGCAGGAUAUGAAAGCAAGAGGAGUGAAGACAAGGAGGCAGUGGGCAUGCUGGUGAACUGUCCUGCCUACUACAGUGUGUCUGCUCCCAAGGCUGAGCUUCUGAACAAGAUCAAGGAUAUGCCAGAGGAGGUGAAUGAGGAAGAGGAGCAGGUGGAUGUCAAUGAAAAGAAGGCCGAGCUCAUUGGAAGCCUCACCCACAAGCUUGAGACCCUGCAGGAAGCGAAAGGGAGUCUGCUGAUGGACAUCAAGCUCAAUAAUGCCUUGGGGGAAGAGGUGGAGGCUUUGAUCAGUGAGCUCUGCAAGCCGAAUGAGUUUGACAAGUACAAGAUGUUCAUCGGGGACUUGGACAAGGUGGUAAACCUGCUGCUCUCCCUCUCAGGGCGCCUGGCCCGGGUGGAAAACGUCCUUAGCGGCCUCGGUGAAGAUGCCAGUAAUGAAGAAAGGAGCUCCCUCAACGAGAAGAGGAAGGUCCUGGCUGGGCAGCACGAGGAUGCCCGGGAGCUCAAGGAGAACCUGGAUCGGAGGGAGCGUGUAGUGUUGGACAUCCUGGCCAACUACCUGUCAGAGGAGCAGCUCCAGGAUUACCAGCAUUUCGUGAAAAUGAAGUCAACACUCCUCAUUGAGCAGCGAAAGCUGGACGACAAGAUCAAGCUAGGCCAGGAACAAGUCAAGUGUCUGCUGGAGAGCCUCCCGUCUGAUUUCAUUCCCAAGGCAGGGGCCUUGGUUCUGCCCCCAAACCUUGAGAGUGAAACGGCUCCUGUUGGGGGGUGUACUUUAAGUGGUAUUUUUCCAACAUUAACCUCCCCACUUUAACCUCUUCUAAAACACCCAACCAAAAGAUCACCCUUUCUCUCAACACUAUUUAAUCUGAAAAAUGUUUCAGUACAAACCACCAUUUAAACUCUAUGGGUUAUUGGGGUUUUUCUGGAUGAAAGGAAAACAAACAAACUAUCCAGGAAAAAGCCUGUUUCUUCCUUCUCACCCUACAUGAUUGAUCUGAGAGCUUGAAUGCUGCUGGGAACUUACUCCUUUCUAUGAUCACUUUCUAGUAGAAGGAAAAUUAAUGAAACUGUGAGAACCGAUGGGAGGGCGUUCGAUUUAGUUUUUAACAGGCUGAGGCAACAUAAUGAGUGUCACCCUCAGGAAUGUAUUCACAGUGGCCUUCCUUGCUUGUGGGUGGUAUAUCUUGACAACAGGUAUAAGAACUCAUUAAUGAAGGGUCUGCAACAUAAAGCCUUAAAGAGAAACACCCACAGAAGAAAACUGUAAAACCUUGAACAUUGUCGUUAUUUAUAUUUUUUAAAAUGAGAAAGAUCAUUAUGUUUGUGUGCUAACCACUUAUUUGAUUCUGUUUUGUGGUGGACAUAGGCAGUUAUGUUUGAGCUUUGUACUUUGUGAAAACCUUAAUGAAAUGAAGAAUUCCAAAGAUAA